CCCGGAAGUAAUUGACUUGUAAACAUGGCUGACCCUUCUACCGAAUCUGAAACUAAUGCCAAAAUUGAAUAUAUAUGUCCUGCCACAGCCUGUGAUGAAAAGAAGAAAGAUGGAUUUGUCCGUGUGAUUGUUGCAGUGAAAAAUUUGAAAACAUCCACGGAUAUUGUGAGGAAAGGCAUUCUACCUAAAGCUAUAAAGAAACCUUCUAAUGCAAAGAUAGAGAUGUUGUUUGAAAAUCAAGGUUUCUGUUUAACUGUAAAUGGAGAGAAAGGAGAUAUGAAAGGAAAGAAUUAUCAGUUAAAGAUAAAGAAACUACCUAAUGAAAUUGACAGUGACAAAAGUUACCACGAGGUGGAGGAUGACCGGGUUUUAUUGUUUUUGUGCAAAAAACAGGACAAGUCCUGGUACCCAGAACUUGAUAAUGGACUUGAAACUGCUGAAGAGGAGGAAGAGGGGAACCAGUGAUGUAGACUUGGAUUGGACAUUUGUAUAAAAAUAUAAUCUGUGAUUUGGUUAUGAUCUGUAUUUGUUAUUACUUUUUAGGCACAUUUUGCCCAGGAACUUAUGUUAAGCUUACAGUACACAAAUUUUCUACUUCUGCCCCAAAAUAUUUCAUAGUUUACUGCAUUCAAAUAUUUUUGAUAUGGAAAAUUUCCCUCAUCGAUGUGGGUUCGAGCCUCACUGGGGGCGUUGAAUUCUUUAUGUGAGGAAGCCAUCCAGCUGGCUUACGGAAGGUCGGUGGUUCUACCCAGUUGCCCGCUUGUGAUGAAAUAAUGCACGGAGGGGCACCUGGAGUCUUCCUCCACCAUUAAAGCUGGAAACUCGCCAUAUGACCUAUCAUGUGUCGGUGCGAUGUUAAACCAACACAAAAAAAACCUCGGAAAAUUUCCAUUGCUUGUUGAAAAUUUUGCAAAGAUAUGAAAAACAAUGAAAUGUUAAGAUAAUAUUAUUUUAGUGUAUAAAUUUCAAAGUAUUGUCUAGUCUGUUUUCAGCAAGGUUGUCUCUGCUUAGCUUAUUUCGCAGAGAGAUCGUUUUAGUUUGUACUUGUAGUGAAAAUUCACUUUUUCAUGUAAGAAAAAAUAUAUCCAGCACUUUUAUAUUUUUCUCAAAGAAACCAUUUGAAAAUAUUUAUUACCUUCCAUUACAUAACAAACUUGUUCAUUUGAAAUAAUUCAGGAAUACACAGUAGGUAUAGUCAUGAAUGUACAGGUUUAUUACUGAUUACAGGGUUGCUGUUUCUGUUAUAUGUUUAUAUGCAGGGCCUCCCCAAAUGAAUGUUUUGGUUUGAAAAUCAGUUUAGGUUGCAGAAAUCUGUCAUUUGAGGGCACUGUGAAAUUAGCUUAUGGAAUUUCAAGUUGGAUUGUUCUAUACAGGUGCUCGUCUAAGCCUGAAAUAAUUAAUGGAAGGGAACACUGGGUCUUCUCCUACCAUUAAAAACAGAAAAUUCAGGAUAUCAAUUUAUUUGUUUUCAGUGUGACAAGAACAUAACAGUUUGUAUUGAUCCUUAAGUGGAAAAUGAAGAAGUGAAGCACAUAGAUCAUUCCUUCUUUUACCAAAAUGAUCCUUUUUCAUUUGUAAUAAUUUUGUUGAUUGUUUCCUUACAUAAUGACUGUCAUAUUGUACUUUACUACGUUAGUUGAUCCUAGACUUUACCUAUAAGUGCAAUUUUAAAGGUUUUGUUAUUUUUUUAUGGUGCUUCUUACCAUAAUGUUUUUUAUGGAACUUUUAUGUUUCUUGUUUUUUUAUACUUGUUUUCAUAUUCAUUUCUGCCUAAAUCACAUCUUGUGUGUAUCAUCACAAUCUCCAGAUUGAAUGUCAAAUGAGCCGCACCAUGAGAAAACCAACAGACUCACUGAACGUAGUGCAUUUGCGACCAGCAUGGAUCCUGACCAGCCUGCGCAUCUGCGCAGUCUGGUGAGGAUCCAUAUUUCUAAUCGCUAUUGGGUUUGAAAGCGAACAGUAUGGAUCCUGGCCAGACUGCACAGAUGUGCAGGCUAGGCUGAAUCCAGGCUGGUCGCAUAUGCACUAUGUUUGUUUUUUCAUGGUGUGGCUCAAAUAGUUUUUGGAAAUUUAGCAGUUACAACUGUACUUUAAUUUCGUAGUUACUGCUUUAAAGUAAUAAUGAAAUGAUUCUUUGGGUUGUGGAAAAUAUUUAUAUACACAAACACUUGCAAAGGUUUUAGAAUUCUUUAUUUAUUGUGUUAAUGACAAAAUACAAAUUUUAAGUAAAAGAAAUUUAGAUGAACUUUAAACCAUUCCCCUGGCACUUAAGUAAUACUGACGUUUUGAUUUUUGAUUCAUGUUGGUUUUGAAAAUUCUUAUACUGUAGACAUACCCUGCUUCUGAAAGGAUUUUUAGCUCGACUAUUCGAAGAAUAGGGGAGCUAUCCUACUCGCCCCGGCGUCGGCAUGAGCGUGAGCAUCACACAAAUGUUGAAGUUUGCGUAUCACCCCAAAUAUUUUCAAAGUCCAUUGAGAUAUUGCUUUCAUAUUUUGCAUACUUGUUUACCAUCAUGACCACUGUCUGUAAAAAGGAGGAGGCAACUCUAUCAAGCAUUUUGACUGAAUUAUAGCCCCUUUUCGACUUAAAAUAAAUGUUAAAGUUUGCGUACCACCCCAAAUAUUUUCAAAGUCCAUUGAGAUAUUGCUUUCAUAUUUUGCAUACUUGUUUAACAUCAUGACCCCAGUCUGUAAAAAGGAGGAGGCAACUCUAUCAAGCAUUUUGACUGAAUUAUGGCCCCUUUUAGACUUAGAAUAAAUGUUAAAGUUUGCGUACCACCCCAAAUAUUUUCAAAGUCUAUUGAGAUAUUGCUUUCAUAUUUUGCAUACUUGUUUACCAUCAUGACCCCAGUCUGUAAAAAGGAGGAGGCAACUCUAUCAAGCAUUUUGACUGAAUUAUGGCCCCUUUUAGACUUAGAAUAAAUGUUAAAGUUUGCGUACCACCCCAAAUAUUUGCAAAGUCUAUUGAGAUAUUGCUUUCAUAUUUUGCAUACUUGUUUACCAUAAUGACCCCUGUCUGUAAAAAGGAGGAGGCAACUCUAUCAAGCAUUUUGACUGAAUUAUGGCCCCUUUUUGACUUAGAAUAAAUGUUAAAGUUUGCGUACCACCCCAAAUAUUUUCAAAGUCCAUUGAGAUAUUGCUUUUAUAUUUUGCAUACUUGUUUACCAUCAUGACCCCAGUCUGUAAAAAGGAGGAGGCAACUCUAUCAAGCAUUUUGACUGAAUUAUGGCCCCUUUUCGACUUAGAAUAUGCUUAUUGUAAUGUUAAAGUUUUACUCAUUGCUUAUAUUAUACUAUCAAGCACUGAGAAUAGUCGAGCGCGCUGUCCACUGACAGCCGUUGUUUUGUUGAUGCUUUUAAAUCAUUUUGGUUGAUGCAUAUACAUGUAUAUAUCUUUUCAAUUUGAACCUUCAGUUCAAAGGAACUUGCAAUGUAUGGUAUGUAUUUUCCUGUUUAUUGUAAAAAUGUUAGAAAAAUGUGAACUGUAUUUUACAUUCUAACAUGAGUUGAUUUGUUUUCAUAUUAAACAAAGAUGGCUGAAAACUGUGUGUUAUUAUUCAACAAGUCAUUUUUCUGACGUCACAAUUAUCACGUCAUAGCUUUAGACGGCAUAGUGGGGCGUUGGAAAAGAAAUUGACAGAAAUCAGGCAAAUAUUUGAUGGAUACAUAAAUAAUCCUUUAUAAAGUGUCAGCAUUUAAAUAAUGAUAUUAUACUAACUGAGUCUCAGUACAGUAAUAUCAUUUUACAAUGACUUGCCUAUAUUUUCUCUGUCAGUAUGGUUUUUUGGGGAGAUUUAUGUUGCUUUUUGAGGAUGUAAUUUUAUCUCCUUUCCUUAUGCCAUAUAUUUCACUGUUGUAAAGGAAAAAAUUGACUAUAAGGAAGUUAAUUGUGUUUAAUAUAAUGCUAUCUAAGCUGUAAUUGUUUUUAAUUAGAAAACUGAAACCAAUGUUGAGGGGAAACGGCAAAGUGUAGCAUUCAGUGUAAAAGCAAUUUUACAAAACUUUGGUAAUAUUAUGCUGGAAACUGUUGUUUUAUGAGAUAUAAUAUUAUUUCCUAAAGUUAUGUUUUGUUGCUAGGAAGGAUCUGUAUCUAAAAACAGUUCUGAUUUAUGUCUUUUAUCCAUGACUUCUGAUGUUGAAGGCCAUUUAUCAGUUAUUAAGAUAUUGUAAAGCCUAAUUUUUAGUAAUGCAUUUUAUUACUUUUAGGUUGUUUUUAAGGUGAUGAUGCAUGUAUCGAUGAAAAUUUCUUUUUGAUUUUUUUUUGCAAACAAUAAAUGAAAAGAUGAGCUUAUGUAUUAAGUUAUUAGCUAGAGAGAGUAUUUAUCUGUUUUAGGUUUUGAUUACCUGGAUCCUGGAUUCAAGGUUAUUGAAUUUACAGACAUGCCUAAUUACCAUAAAUUGAUAAUAAAAUAGUAACAAAUAAAUAAAGUUCCAGCAUAUGAAAUAAAAUUAUUUGACAGCAAUCAUUAAGAAAAUUAAUGUUGGAUCACUUUCUUAUGCAUUGAAACAUAGGUUUUAAAUAAAAUGCUGAUGUUUUCAAUACAGUGUUAGUGUAUACAAGUUUUUCAUGUUGAACAUGGUCUGUUUUUAUUGCAGAAUAUUCACUUUAUCAUUUUAUAAUAUUAAUAAAGACUGUUCUUGAUAUAAUUCAAUACUUCUAGAACUUGGUUCUAUCUACGCUUAAUUAUGUAUUAAAACAUUACGUUGACCUUUCUAUUUCACAUUUAUUGAAUGUGUUCUAUACUCGCUGAUUAUUCUGCCACCUAAUGUGUAUUUGAUAUUGACAAUUUAUUUUUGUCAGACUACACUGUCUGGACAUUCAGUUUUUUUUUCUUCUUUAAUCUAAGAAAUGAGCCACUUUUAUAGAAAAUUAUUCAGAUUCAAAGGGCUGUGAAAAAUAUUUACAAUAUUAUUUUUUAUUGUAGUAAGUGAAUCAUGUUCACGUUUAUGUACAGGUGUUGUUGCUUACCGAAGGAUCUGUAUUGUGGUGUUUACCUCAUAUCUGUUUAAUACUUUACUUUUGAAUUUUUAAAGCUGUAUACAUUUUGUAUUUGAAAUCUUAGAAAGUAUUAUGAAAUAAAUGAUAGAACUUAGAUAA